UAUAAGUACCAUUUAUUGAUCGCUCACUACCACGAGUCGCCUUGCGUAUAUCUACGAAAAGACGCGUGCAGACGUCCGAUUCGACAAGUAAACAUGGCAGCCUGCAUAUUCUGCAAGAUCAUCAAGGGUGACAUUCCCUGCUUCAAGCUGUUCGAAUCAGACAAGGUCCUCGCCUUCCUCGACAUCCAGCCUCUGAGCAGGGGACACGCUCUCGUCAUCCCGAAACACCACGGCGUGAAGAUCACCGACAUCCCCGACGACGCCCUGACCGAGAUACUACCUGUCGUCAAGAAGAUCGCGGCGGCAAGCGGGGCGGAGAAUUACAAUGUCCUACAGAACAACGGGAGACUUGCACACCAGGAGGUUGACCACGUUCAUUUCCAUAUGAUUCCCAAAUCGAACCAGACCGAAGGCCUGGGUAUCGGGUGGCCUGCCACGUCGACGGAUAUGGAUGCGCUGAAGAAGUUACAUGCUGAUUUAAAGGCGAAGAUGUGAAGAAACCACGACUGCGCAAAACACUGUACAUAGGGUCAAGGAAGCGCGUCUGGCAAGAGCCUCACAAUUACGAUAGAUGUCAUUCCACUAUAUGACCACAAGCCCAACCUCUGUACGGCCGAC